AUGGCAGAAGUGAAGCCCGAGAUUAAAGUCGACCCGGCGGACUCGCCCUCAAAGCUGGGAGACAUCGACGAAUUCGAAGACGACACCGACCUCACAUUCCCGACCCAGGCAGAAACGCAGAGAGGCGCAUGGCUGAUCAAGGUGUCAGAGGAUAUGUGGAAAGCAUGGAACGAGAUCUAUCAGAACGCGCCAGAUGGGGAGCAGAUAGAAGUCGGAAAGCUGCGCGUGUAUCACAGCAAGCCAGACGAGCCACAGAAGGCACAGAUCAGACUCCUCACUCCGAAGGACGACGAGCGCUUUGCACCGCAUAAAGAUCUGCCCAAGAUGUACAACCUCGAUGUUCGAGCGACCACGUACAACAACACGAUCGUGUUCUCAGAAAAGGACCUUCCCGGCCAUCGCGCGCAGCAAUUCGGGCAGGGCAAGAACCUGGCUGCUGGUAGACCGACAGGCAUUAACAAGAACGACCGCUAUGGUGGGGGACAAAGGAAGCCUGGCACAUACCGCACCGCUAUUCCGAAGCAAAUCACCCUCCAACCACCCAUCGUCAACGAAGCUGUGGCCAAGGCAGUCGAGGACGACACCUCACUCGACUACUUCAAGAAAGCGUACGACAAGGCGCUCCAAGGUGGUAAGAAGACGACAUUCAACGCCACCGUCGACAAGACAAAGUGGCACCCCGGUAUGACCAACAGCGGCUUCACCUUCGGCAGCACCACUUCGAAGCCAGGCAAGGGCCAGAAGAAGAAGAAGCAGCCAAAGGAGAAGGCCGUGCGCAUGUCAACAAACGAGCUCAUCGACGCGCUCCAGCAAUGCUUCACCGAGUAUCAGUACUGGCAGAUGAAGACUCUGCGUCAACGUCUGCGACAGCCGGAAGCCUUCAUCAAAGAACACCUCGAGGGUAUAGCUUUCCUGAUCAAGAGCGGCGAUUUCAAUGGCAAUUACAAGCUCAACGACAAUACCGCGCGGUUGCUUAAUAUUGAGAAUGGUGUUGGUGUCAAGGAAGAGUCCGCUGUGCUGAAGAGCGAGCCCGAAAGUGAUGGUGGUACAGGCGAUGAAGCGGAGGACGAUGAUAACGACGAAAUGGAAGACGUGAAGUGA